AUGUCGCAGUUCGACAAGAUGGUCAAAAUGGCCUGCAAGCCCAAAAAUGCCCCUCCCAAGCCUAAAUUCCCUGGCACUGCCUCUCAUGUGGGCUGUACUGAUCUCCAUAGCCCUCUGGUCGCAGCGACAUUCUCCGAUGACGGAUCCCUGCAAGAUAUCACCCGGUCGCUAUCUCUGCGGCUAAGAGAGCCGAAUGCUGUUGUCGUCUUCAAAGCCUUACUAGUGCUGCACAUGAUGAUCCGGACCGGCAACACCGAGAAUCUUCUGACCUCGCUAUCAGCAGGCAACGGUGACCCUCUCCGCCUGAGAAACGUCGCCAACUCCGGCGGCUCCGGUCAGUCGUGGGAGGGAUUCACUCCACCGAGCAAUAUGGGCAUGUACGCAUUGUAUCUCGACAUGCGGAUAAAGUGCUUCAAGGAUCUCAAGCACGACUUUGUGCGGACACAGGCGGAGAGCAACAGGCGGAGUGAUGGUGCUGGGGCAAAUUCCAAAGCACGCAGACUGCGUCACCUGGCUGUGGAUAAGGGUUUGUUGAGGGAGGUCAAGGCGAUUCAGAAGAUGCUAGAUUCGCUGGUUGUGUGUCGAUUCUAUGAAGACAACUUGCAGGAUGAGAACACUAUCAUCGCAUUCCGGAUGUUGAUCAAAGAUCUGCUAGUACUGUUUCAAGCGGGAAACGAGGGAGUCUGCAACAUCCUCGAACACUACUUUGAAAUGUCCAAAGCAGACGCUACCGCCUCCUUUGACAUCUACAAAUCCUUCAUCAAGCAGACCGAUCGGGUCGUGGAUUACCUCUCGAUGGCUCGGAAACUGCACAACGUCGUCAACAUCCCGGUGCCCAAUCUCAAGCACGCCCCGACAGGGCUGGUCAAGGCGCUCGAGGAGUAUCUGAACGACCCAGACUUUGAGGGCAACCGUAUAGAGUACAGGAAGAGUCUCGGUGUGGUGGAGGGGCGGUCCGGCGCGAGAGAUUCAAGUCCAAGCACGGCCGAUCCUGCUCCAUCCAGCUCAAGCACCUCCGCACCCCUCACCUCAGCCCCGAGCGCCUCAGCCGCACCCACCGCCCCUCCUGGCGCCUCGCAAAAGAUCCAGGAUUUCUUUGACUCGAUACAGACCGAUUCUCAGCCGACGAUGUUUGGUGGGUCGCCAAGCAGUAAUGGUUUCCAGCAGAACGCCAACAUGCAGCAACAGCCCCAAUUUCCUUUCCUCCAACAAGCACCACCUCAAUUCAACCCCUUCCGCCAAUCCACAAUGAUGCCGCAGCAGACCGGCUUCAUGGCUCCCCAAAUGACCGGAUUCCCCAUGGCCGGCGGUGCGCCAAUGGGCCAGAUGCCCCAAAUGACCGGGUUCAUGCAGCCGCAGAUGACCGGUCAGAUGGCUUUCGGCAUGCCUCAGCAACAGCAACCGCAGCAGCAAUCCCCCUUCAUGCAGAUUGCACAGCAGCCGAUGCAGCAACAACAAACGGGGUUCCUGCAGCCGCAACAGACGGGCUCGAACCCGUUCAGGCAGAGCAUGAUGAUGGGCGCGAAUUCCACCGGUAUGGGCGGGAUGGCUGGGAUGGGGAUGGGGCAGUUUGGAGCCAGUGGGAGCGGAGGCUCGCCAUUCGGAAGCAUCAACACCAACGGCGGAACCGGCAGCUUCGGACCCACAUCACCCAUCAAUCGGCCCGGAUCUACGCCUGCUAGCAUGCCCAGUGCUCAGCAACCCCCAAAAGCGCUCACUGCUCAGGCGACCGGGUCGAGGAAUCCGUUCGCACCGGCUGGUGGCCAGCAACAACAGGCUCAGCCGCAGCAACAGCGCGGGCCGAGCAUGAAUGAGCUAGCCGCGAACCGGUUUAACUCGAUGACCUCGAACCAGGGGCAGGGUCAGGGACAUGCGGGCGGGAUGAAUGGUGGGGCCUCAGGAGGAGGAGGUAUGGCGGAUGUAGCCUCGUCAUUUGCGUUCGACCAACAAAAGCCUCAGAACGGCGGAACGGACUUCAUGUCCCAAUUCGGAGGUCUUUCGGUCAAUACCGGCAGCAACGCGGGCGGAAUGGGGUCCAUGUCCACCGGGAACUCGGGAGCUGGUACGAGCAGCUUUGGCAACUCGCUCUUUACCGGGACUACGAACGCCUCGUCGACACCCACAUCCCCCGGCGGAAGUAUGGGCGGUGGAGGUUUCAUUCAGCCCCAAAAGACUGGAUUUGGAGGAAGCGCCGUCAAGCCCUUCAAGCCCAGCAGCUCUUUUGGGAGUCAGCUCGUAGCGGAUCUCGGAAGUGUGCCAGAGGCGGGACAGCCGGGCGGCUCGGCGUUCUUGACGAGUACGGUCACGGGUGGUGGAGCCUUGGGCGGCGCUGGGGGAUCAGGAGGUGGCGGGAUGGGUCAGUUUGGGCAACUGUCCCCACAGUUGACAGGAGGAGGGUCGAAUCCAUUCCGGCAGAGCAUGUUCAACUCGAUGGGUUCCCAGCCGACCGGUAUGGGAGGGAUGGGCGGAAUGGGCGGCAUGGGAGGGAUGAGUGGACAGAAUGGGAUGAUGGGCGGUCAGGGCCAGCAGCAGGGGAUGGCAGGCGGGAUGGGCAAUGGGGCUUUCGGAGCCAGUUCGCCGUUUGCGGCGCAGAACAGAAAUGGGGGUGGGUUUGGGCAAGGGGGCCAGCAGAGACAGGGUCAGGGAGGGGGCGGGAGCUUGAUCUGA